AUGCCUCUCGCGUGGGCCAAGUCCCGUCUUUCCGGUUCCGCCGGAGCGGCGCGGGCGGCGAGUGACGGGUCUCGGGUCCUUCCGCGGCGCCGAGGGCGGCGCGGCCCCGCCCGGCCCAUGGACCGGCACAAAGUGAAGCGGCAGCGUCUGGACCGGAUCUGCGAAGGCAUACGGCCUCCUAUUGUGAAUGGCCCAAUGCCAGCACGGCCACUGGUUGCACUCCUGGAUGGACGAGAUUGCACUGUGGAGAUGCCCAUCUUGAAGGAUGUUGCUACAGUGGCAUUUUGUGAUGCUCAGUCAACUCAGGAAAUCCAUGAAAAGGUGCUGAAUGAGGCAGUAGGAGCUCUGAUGUAUCACACCAUUACCCUUUCUCGUCAGGAUCUGGAGAAAUUCAAAGCCCUCAGGGUCAUUGUGCGUAUUGGCAGUGGCUACGACAAUGUUGACAUCAAAUCCGCUGCAGAAUUAGGGAUUGCAGUUUGCAACAUCCCUUCCUCCUCAGUAGAGGAGACUGCUGACUCUACCCUUUGCCACAUCUUGAACCUCUAUCGCCGUGUUACUUGGCUACAUCAGGCUCUGCGGGAAGGGAAUCGAGCCUCAAGUGUAGAACAGAUUCGAGAGGUGGCUGGAGGUGCUGUGCGUAUCCGUGGGGAGACUUUGGGCAUCAUUGGACUAGGCCGAGUUGGACAGGCAGUGGCUCUGCGAGCCAAGUCCUUUGGCUUCAACGUGAUUUUCUAUGAUCCCUAUCUGCCGGAUGGAGUGGAGCGAUCCUUGGGUUUACAACGAGUAGGAACCCUGCAGGAUCUACUAAUGCACAGCGAUUGCAUCACAUUGCACUGCAGCCUGAAUGAACAUAACCAUCACCUCAUCAAUGACUUCACUAUUAAACAGAUGCGUCAGGGCUGCUUCUUAGUGAACACAGCCCGGGGAGGGCUGGUAGAUGAGAAAGCUUUAGCACAAGCCUUGAAAGAGGGGAGAAUCAGAGGAACAGCAUUGGAUGUGCAUGAGUCUGAGCCUUUCAGUUUCACUCAGGGGCCAUUAAAAGAUGCACCCAAUGUUAUCUGCACCCCUCACACUGCCUGGUACAGUGAACAGGCUUCCAUUGAAUCCAGAGAAGAUGCAGCUAAAGAGAUCCGCAGAGCUAUUACAGGUCACAUACCCGACGCUUUGAGAAACUGUGUUAAUAAGGAGUACUUGCUGUUAGCAGCUCAGUGGUCCAAUAUUGAUCCUGCAACUGUCCACCCAGAACUCAACGGAGCUGCAGCUUACAGGUUUCCUCCAGGAGUAGUGGGAGUAGCCAACCCUGGGCUACCAGAACCACCAGUAGUGGAAGGGAUUGUAGCUCAUGGGAUCCCUCCUGUUUCUCACUCUGCACCACGUACCCCUUCCCCAGGAGAGACAAGCAAACUGGAUGCAGACAGAGAGAUUCCUGCUGACCAAUAGCAGCGUGUUUCUCUCCCCUCCUUUGGCAGCAGAAAAAAGUAGGAGGGCAUCUCCUCCUAGGACCUUCUUUAACACCCUACAGACACUGUUUCCUGUUCACAUGGGACGGGAGAAUGCAUUUCAUUGCUGACAAACUUUAGCUCUUGCCUUUAUUUUGUAACCCUUUAGUUAAAUUUCUUAAUGAAUCUUUCUCCUUCCCUGGGGCAUGGCAGCAGUGACCUUGCCUCCCCUUGACUUCACGAA